GAAUAAAAAAGGACUUGUUAAUGGAUUUAAUAACAAUCAAUUAUUCUGCGGAAAAUAAACAACUAUCGGUGAAGCCAAUGAGUUAUUCCAGAGUUAAUCACAUCAUGGCCAAUAUGCGUCGCACAAGUUCGCCCAGCGAUGAUCUAGGCAGUACCGAUGAGGUGAAAAUAUUCAAAGAUGAAGGUGGCCGUGAAGAUGAAAACAUAUCGUCGGAAAAUCUAUUCGAAGAGAAAUCCAGUUUAAUCGACUUAACCGAAAGUGAGGAAAAAAGCGUAGAAAUCUCCACACCGUGCGGUCCGAAUCGUAUGGAUCAUGAUCCGUCGGUGUUCAAUAUGGGCUAUUUGGUAGCGCCCUAUUCAUAUCCGAAUGCGACAAUCGGCGGUUUGCCGGCAACAAUAGCAAAUCGAAUUACCUUAUACGAUAGUCUUCCCCCUCCCGCGCACUGUGGCAUACCGCCUUAUCAAUUGGAUUCGAAAGCCAUGGGCUUAACGAAACAAGCUAUGUACUCCCUUCACCCCACCCAGUAUCCUCAUCCCAUGUUGGGACCACCGGACUUGUCUCAAAUCGCCUCCUGGCACCCGCCCUCUGUAUAUUCACCACCAUCUAGUUUUACCAUACCCAAUAUUUUGAAUUCAGUACACCACCGAGCACCUUCCAAUAUGAUUGGCCCCCAUCAUCUGCCGCUGGCGCCCAGCCUCAAAGAGGAAUACGAUCAGGAAACCAAAACGCCAACAGUCAAUCAUCGGUAUUCGAAAAACCCAUAUAACAAGCCGGCAGCUAAGAACAGUCAACGAGGCAACGAAGAAAAGAAACCGCAUAUCAAGAAACCCCUGAAUGCCUUCAUGCUAUACAUGAAGGAGAUGCGUGCCAAGGUCGUGGCCGAGUGUACGCUCAAGGAGUCGGCUGCAAUCAAUCAAAUUUUGGGCCGACGUUGGCAUGAACUAUCCCGCGAAGAACAGAGUGUCUACUACGAGAAGUCACGGAGGGAGCGUCAAUUGCACAUGGAAAUGUAUCCGGGCUAUGUCCUGAAGAACAACAAACGAAAGCGCGAGCGAACGGCCAAGAAUGCCGCCAGUACAACGAAAACCAUUGAGUCUGAAUCGUCGUCGUCAGUCUAUGGCGAAAUGAAAAAGUAGUGUUCGAGCAUAGCUUACCACAAACUUCACGUAAGGUGGAACGGGUGCAGCAGUUAUGCCACAUGUCUGUUGUCAUUGGCACAAAUGAAGUACAACAU